AUGAGCGUCUCAGUCGAUAAUAUGAAGACCGCGUCGCGUUCGACGAGCAUAAAUUAUGACCCUGAUGACCUUGAGAGAGAUGAAAAAACGAAUACCACGCCGGCGUACAAGCAAGACGCCUUUGGCGAUGAAGAGUUCGCGGAGGUCAAAUAUAAAGUUUUGAAGUGGUGGCAAUGCGGAUGCCUCAUGGUCGCUGAAACAGUUUCCCUGGGUGUUUUGUCUCUGCCUGCUGCCAUUGCGGGCUUGGGUCUUGUUCCUGCCGUUAUCCUCCUUAUUGGCCUCGGCCUCCUGGCAACCUAUACCGGAUACGUCAUGGGACAAAUGAAGUUGCGAUACCCGCAGAUCACAACGAUGGCCGAUGCUGGAGAGGUUUUGGGAGGAAAAUGGGGUCGCGAAAUCGUCGGAGCUGCAUACAUUACUUUUCUUAUCUUCAUCAUGUCGAGUCACUUGUUGACCUUCACCGUUGCGAUGAACACCAUCACCGACCACGGCACUUGUUCCAUUGUCUUUGGUAUCGUGGGAAUGCUCGUUUCGUUCAUUUGCUCUCUUCCAAGAACUCUCGUUAACAUGUCUUGGUUGUCGCUUGUCUCAUUCGGAAGUAUCAUCGUUGCUGUGCUGAUCUGCAUGAUUGAUGUUGGCAUCGAAAGCCCUGGAAGGGGAGUCGUGGCUGUCCUCGAUACCGAUCUCUAUCAUGGAUUCUCUGCCGUCUGCAACAUUGUCUUCGCUUUCUGUGGCCAUGCCGCAUUUUUCGGCCUAAUGGCUGAGCUGAAAGAUCCUCGCGAUUUCACCAAGUCCCUUUGCCUCCUGCAAGGUGUUGAUAUCUCACUUUAUCUCAUUGCUUCUGUCGUGAUUUACCGUUACGCGGGUGAUAGUGUUACCUCGCCUGCACUUGGCUCUGCAUCUCCAGUAGUCUCAAAGGUCGCCUACGGCAUUGCCUUGCCCACCAUCAUCAUUGCAGGCGUUAUUAAUGGUCAUGUUGCGUUCAAGUAUGUCUACGUGCGGAUUUUCCGUGGCACAGAUCGGAUGCACAAGCGCGACUGGGUGGCCGUGAGCUCCUGGGUCAGCAUUGCCCUUGGGUUGUGGAUUCUUGCCUGGAUCAUUUCAUCUGCUAUUCCUGUCUUCAGCGAUCUCUUGAGCUUGAUCACAGCGUUGUUCGCCAGCUGGUUCACUUUCGGUCUGAGUGGCAUUUUCUGGCUGUUCAUGAACUGGGGCAAGUGGUUCUCGUCCCUUCGCAAGAUCGCACUUACUUUGCUCAAUUUCCUUGUCAUUGGAAUUGGCGCAGCAUUGUGUGGCCUUGGCCUUUGGGUAUCUGGUAAAGCUAUCCAUGAUAGUUCCAGCACUGCGAGCUUCUCGUGUGCGAAUAAUGCCUAG